AUGGAUGUCAUGCCUCGAUCUGCAAUCAUCUAUCAUAAUCCAGAGGAGACUGCUUUCUUAAUCGAUAUCCCCACGUCAAUUUCGCUUGCUCAGGAGCUUUUCCCGAACCAACGGAGUUCGCUGCCAGAUAGCCAAAAACGCCCUGAACCAAGACGGAAAAAACAGAUAUUUUCGUCGGUUCCCCUAGCGGAACCGUUUCCAUCAUCCACAGAGCCCAAGAGCGAUGCUGCCCGGGCAAGGGUUCUAGAACGGAUCCCGCGUUCCGAGCGCGUCUUCCACGCGGAGAUCAUUGAGCCCUUGGUGCGAGAUGGGCUGGAAGUCAUCCAACGGGGAGUCCUCGAAGCGGGAUUUGACUGGUGCUCUUCGCGGCAGAUCUUGGAUGAUGUACCGUCAGCCGAGACGCACCUUGGGAAGAGGAGGCGUGCAGCGAGCAGGGAUAUCGAUAACUGUCCUGUCGAUAGACCUCAUGAGUUCGAUGUCGAUGGGCUCGAUAGUGACUCACAGCCCCCUUUGAUUCUAUCGUCCUCUGGGACCAAUGCGUUUGCGUCUGUGGAUGAAAUUCGCGAUGUCGUGGUCAAGAAUACUUCGUCCGAUGCGGCGGAUCUAAGUGUUCGAUGCCUUGGAGACGAGGGUACAUCCACUGCCGCCGCUGAGAUCGAUUCGCAGCGCCAGGAGUAUGAUCAUGACCAUAUGUUCACGAUGCCUCCGCUCUCUGCGUUUGUGCUCUGCAGACUACCGAUAGCACAAUCAGCACAUCCGCGUCCAACCGACCCUAUUCCCGGCAUCCCUCGAGACCGGAAAUUCAACCUGAUCCUUUUUGACCCGCCGUGGAACAACCGGUCUGUCCGUAGGGGCAGACAUUACCAUACGCAGCAUUACUCCGAAGGCGAUGACCUGACGUACUACCUUCGAUCUGUUCUCCAAGCGCACUUGUACGACCCCUUUGCCGGCAAUGAUCGUAAAGCAGAGAACUCCCCGGCCGUGACGCGCUCCAUAGCAGCAAUCUGGAUCACUAAUGCCUCAAAAGCGCGGAAGACAGCCUACGAUGCGCUACGAGGGGCAGGCCUCUCCAUCUGUGAGGAAUGGGCCUGGAUCAAAACGACCACCUCCGGGGAGCCUGUGACACGGGUUGACAGUCUCUGGCGGAAACCAUACGAGAUCCUGGUUAUAGGGAAGAAGAUAGGUCCUGAUGACACUCGGAGUCAACGUCGCGACCCCGUCAGAAGGGUCAUUGCUGCCGUGCCGGAUGUCCAUUCCCGGAAGCCGAAUCUGAAGGAGGUCUUUGAGCGGAUGUUUUUUGGGGACUGCACAGGGCAUUCACAUGCUGCUCUGGAGGUGUUUGCACGCAAUCUAACGGCUGGAUGGUGGGCGUGCGGAGACGAGGUUUUAAAAUUCAAUGCGCGGGAAUGGUGGACAGAGGAGUCUACUUCUUGA